UCCGUAUUACCACGGCUACUGAUGUUGCAGUAAGAAAUCUGGAGCGUGUUAGAAAAGCCGAAACGGUGUGUGCUAUUAAUAACUUGAAGAAGUUUGUGGAAUUUAUUUUCUUCGAGUCGUCAUGGAUAUCAGAAAAGUUGGAGUGUAGAAUUAAAGUGUUAUUAUUAUUUUUUGUAUGCUGAAAUGUAGUGAGGGAUUUUUUUUUUCAUAAUCUGAAAAUUUGAUUGUCUUUUAAAGUUUUAUUAUACAAGGGGUAUAGAAAUGAUGGAAAUGUUUGGAUUAAGCUUUUCAGAUGCCUGUACUAUGUGCUCGUUCCACAGGAAAUACUUAAGAAGGAGUGUAUGUACUGGAAUAGGAAUAGCUUUCGUGUUAUUUAGUGUAUUUUGUGAUCUCGCAGUGGCUUAUAAUAUAGACCUGUCCACCGCCACUAUACAUUCUGGGGAGACUCGAAGUAUGUUUGGGUUCACUGUGGCGCUGCACCAGGACCAGGGAUCAAAGUGGUUGUUAGUUGGUGCUCCAAAAGCUUCUACCAGACAGCCAGGCGUAACUCGGGGAGGUGCAGUGUUUCGGUGUCCAGUAGAUUCCGGUAGUUUUUGUCAAGAAAUUCCAUUUGAUACAAAAGGUAAUGGCAUUCGGCAUAAUGGAACACAUUAUGUAGAUGUUGAAGAUAAGUCAGACCAGUGGUUUGGGGCCUCCCUCUACAGUUCGGAAAAUGGGAUUAUAGUGGCAUGUGCACCAAGAUAUGUUUACUUCUCAACACGAUUAGACAAGCGUGAGCCUGUAGGAACCUGUUAUGUAGCCAGACCAUCGUCCACAGACUAUGAGGAAUAUUCUCCUUGUCGGUCACGUGUGGAUGGGUUGCCAUUGGUUACAGAUCAGUUUCAUCAGCAGGGAUACUGCCAACUUGGAUAUUCUGCUGUUUUAACAGGACAAGGGAGACAACUGUUGAUUGGAGCUGUUGGCAGCUGGUACUGGCAAGGUCAGAUUUUCAACUUUAACUUUGAGGAUGGUCCGGGACGUUACCGAGCAACAAAGGAAGGCAGAGCCAAGGAUGACUACUCUUAUAUGGGAUAUUCAAGUGCUGUUGGCAACUUUGAUUCCGAUUCAAGAGAAGACUAUGUGGUUGGAGUGCCAAGAGGUCGACAGCUUCAGGGAAAGGUUGUUAUUUACACACAGAACCUUACAAUGAUAAAAACUAUCAAAGGAGAACAGUUUGGAUCCUAUUUUGGGUAUUCUGUAGCAGUCACUGACCUUGAUGGAAAUGGACUGGAUGAUAUUGUUGUUGGUGCUCCAUUUUUCUCCGACUACAGUACAGAUAACUCAUACGAGACGGGCCGAGUUUAUAUCUUCUAUCAGAGUGCAAAGGUCAAUGGCUCGGUCACAGAGAGUGGUAUGUCACAGAAGAGGAAGGAUAUAUUAGACGGCCAUCAUUCCCAGUCUAGGUUUGGUCUAGCAGUUGCAGCGAUAGGUGAUGUGGAUUAUGAUGGAUACAAUGAUAUUGCCAUAGGGGCGCCGUACGGAGGUGAGAAUGGUAGAGGUGUGGUUUAUAUCUACCAUGGUUCUAUGAAAGGAAUAAUAACUGAUGUACAACAGGCUAUAAAAGCAGAUGAUGUUUUGUCGGGAACAGAAACAUUUGGCUGGUCGAUUGCUGGAGGUAUUGAUAUGGAUGACAACGAAUAUCCAGAUAUGCUUGUAGGGGCACAGAAUUCUAAUAAGGCAGCUUUUCUGAGGAGUCGACCAGUAGUGAGAGUAACUCCCACUAUAAGAAUUGACCCACAGAAUAUCACCCUUGGGCCAGAGACUGAGAACUGUGUCAUCGGGAGUGACAAACCAGAGAAAGUUACAUGUGUGACCGUGUACACUUGCUUACUCUACACUGGUAUUGGUGUUCCGGACAAACUAGACUUUGAACUCACACUCAAGUUUGACACAUUAAAGAAUGACUCGAGUCGUGUUUACUACCUCCAUGCAGAGACUGCAAGAGAAGAAAGCAAGAUUAUUGAAGCAUAUAAAAACAACCAGAAAUGCUUCACUUUCUUUGGAUAUUUGGUGAAAAAUGUUAGAGACAAGUUGACUCCUAUUGUUGCUGACUUUAGUUUCGACAUUCAUGAACGGACAUCUCGAUCUCGGAGAGAAGUAAAACCAAUAUUGAACAUGCGUAUACCAACAACAGUACAAGCUGCGGCUAAUAUAAGUAAAAACUGUGGUCCAGAUAAUGUUUGCAUACCAGAUCUGUCAGUUACAGCUUUACAGACACGAGAUUCAUACACACUGGGUGAGGAUGAAAAGAUUGAAGUCCUAGUGUUUGUCGAGAAUCGUGGAGAAGAUGCAUUCGAAUCCAUGUUAAAUAUAUCAUUUCCACCGGGAGUCACUUUUUACAAGACCAAAAAUAAAAAAUAUGAAAUUCCAAUGUUCUGUGAUUCAUCAUCAAGAAAUGCAUCAUUUGUGUAUUGUGACCUUGGUAACCCAUUACCUGCAAAAUCUAGGACCAACUUUACACUGAUAGCAACUCCAAAGUCUUUGAAUGGUACAGUGCCUGAGCUGAUCUUGAGACUAGAAGUGAACAGUUCGAAUGCAGAGAAUAGGACAGAUAUGCUGAACAACAAAGCUUUAGUUAGCAUACCUAUUCAGCAGAGGGCCAAUAUUAGACUAGGAGGGAGAUCUAGACCUGAGCAGUAUAUCUACACAGAAUCUGAAGUUCGACUGUACAGAGGUUCAGCGAAAGUUGGACCAGUUCUAGAACAUGAGUACAUUUUAAAUAAUCGUGGACCAAGUGGUGUGAAAACAAGCCUGAUCAAGAUUGAUUGGCCAGGUGAGGAUGAGAAUGGUUUGAAGUACCUUGACUUGAUGGAGGAUCCGAUUGUGUCGAGAACCGAUAUCAGCUGCCGUAUAUACAAUACAUCGGUUACAACAUACUCUGAUAAACCUGGCAGUCCUGUGGUCGUACAUCAGAGAAAUGUUGACGGUGAAAAUCAGUUGAAACGACAUACAAGGGAGACAACUGAUGAAAGUGACAGUAAGGAUAAACGUGAUGUUGAAAAAAGAUCCAGUAAAGAAUUUAAAAGAAUUGGUUGUGUAGAGGGAAAAGCAGGUUGUGUAUAUAUACAUUGUACAGUUGGGUACAUGGAACCAGAGGAUAUUGUCAAAAUAAAAAUCAGGUCAAAAAUAUGGACCAGCUCUCUCAUUAAUAAAAAAAUAGACCAACCAUUUUUCUUUGUGUCGAAGGGGACAGCAGAAGUUUUAUCAAUGCCUUUCCCUAACAUGAAAGUAGCAGCAGGGACCUACACUAGGACAACUUUUGAUGUAACUACGUAUGUGAAUCCAGAACGGUUACAUCCUAAGCGUAAGGGUAUAGAACCAUGGAUAAUUGGAGUAGCAGUGUCUGCAGGGUUACUUCUCCUUUUCUUACUCAUUGUGCUUUUGUGGUGGUGUGGGUUUUUCCGACGGCGACGACCAGAAGAACAGGCGUUUAUUACUCCAGCAGCUCAAAAUGGUGAUUAUAAACGUGUAAAUGCUGGACCACCGGAUGCUAAAUACCAGUACAUGUAGAAUAUAAAUACUUAAUAUAUGUGUGGUCAGGACUUUCUUCUUUUUUGUUGGUAUUGUAAUUAUUACAAUAUGAUAUACAAUACAAAAUUCUGAAAAUUUCAGCUGUUCAGAAUUUACAUGAUUAAUUAAGAAAUGCUACCAUGAUCUACUGGUUUAUUGAGCAUGUGAAGUUGCACAAGUGGGGUUUCAUUUGGGUUUAAAUUUGAAAGUUUACUAAGUCUGGCAUUGUCUACAAGUGACAGAGGACCAUACAGUGAAGUAAGUGGGUUCAACUGUGUUUUAUUAACACACAAUAAGUUUUUAUCUGUGAAGGUUGAUAUUGUGUUAAAGGAGUAACAUGUGAUAAAAUUGUUGUGACAAAAAAGGGGUUCCAGUAAGCUGCAAGCUUUUAUUGAACGUGGACUGCAUACAGAAUCAAGAAGCAAUUGAUUUCAGAUGUACCUGUUAAAAAACACUGAGUAAUUGAUCAUAGAAAUAUUUUUUAAUCUGAACAGAUGACUGUUAUAUCGCAAGUAUUGGAAGAAGAGAGUUCUGACUAUGCAUGCCAAAUGUUACAAACAUAUCCAUGUAUUGUAUUUAUUGUUAACAUGUUUCCUAAAAAGGGCAUCUGAGAGGAAAAACCUUAAUAUGCUGGUGUAUGAAUUUUUGAGAAAAUUUUAAUCUUUUGAGUGCUCAUGUAUUUAUUUUAACGGCAUAGAGAUAAUCCUGUACAUUUAUUCCAACUGUUCAGUUCAAAACUUUGUCAAUAUUAACAUUUUACUAGUUUAUGCAUUAAUAUAAAAAUUAAUAUCAAAUUACUUGAAAUUUAAUGAAGAUAGUUGAAAACAGGGUCCAGGUUGUAAAACUUGAGUUAGGCGACCAGUCUCGGGAUGCAGUCUUUCAAGAUAAAACUGAGAGACAACCAGUCUGAUGCUCGAGUUUUGAAACUUGUAUCCAAACAAAGACUUUCUCAAACAUUCAUGAACAAUAUAAUACUAGAAUACAAAGGCUUGAGCACUCACAUAUUUACUGAUAUGCCCUGUAUUUUAUGUGAUACUACACGUAGAUGGUCUAAUAAGAAUGUUGUGCAUUAUAUAAGUUUUUUGUUGUACGUUGAUGUACAGUCAAAACUGUUUAUAAAGACCACCUUUGGGCAAGUUGAGAAGUGGACUUUAUUUGCAAUUGUUCUUUAUGUAGAGAUAAUAUAUUCGAAACAUCAGUUUGUUUAAGAAAUAAUAUAUCUCAUCCAGUGAUUUGUUGUUGAAUAAAUCAUUGUUUGGAGUUUAGAUGCGAAGGAAUUAUAUCACAAGGGCGCAGCCUGAGUGAUAUAAUAAUAUGCAUCUGAACGACAAACAAUGAUUUAUUCAAGAGCAAAUUACUAAAUGAGAUAUAUUAUUUCGAUUCUAACACGUUACCAAGGAUUUUUAAGUACAUCCUUGAUGACAUUCAUUAAAUAUUUGCCCGUUUUCAAUUGGUUUCUUUUCAAGCACGCCGCUAUGCCGUUUGACGCCAUGAUGUAAUAAUUGUGACGUCAGAACAGUGAUUUAUUGUAUAAUAAUUCACUGUUUUCUGCCUUCUUUGUUUAAUAGAAAAAUGAAUCGGAUGGUGUUAGAAUAUUGAAUAACAUUAUUAUAUGAUAAUAUGUACCUGAAUGAUGGUUCUUUUAUUCAAGAGAAAAUUACUGUUUGAGAUAUAUUAUUUUUAUUCGAACACAGUAUCAGUGAUUGUUAUCUACAUCUUUGACGACUUCCAACAAAUAUUUGUCAGUUUUGUGUCGUUCCCUUUCCCAUAGUGCAGUUGUUAUGAUGCCCGAAGCUAUGAUGUUAUAAUUGUGACAUACAAACAGUGAUUUCUUUGCAUUGUAACACGCAGUUUCAGUUGUCUUUAUCAAUUAGGUAAAUAAAUGGGUCAUGUUAGAAUGCAGUGUAAAUUUUGAAAUCUAAAAUGAAAAAUAAAACUUAUGUUCUUCAAAGUUGUGGUCUCUGCUCAUUGGUGGUCUUUAAAACAGGUUUGACUGUAUUUCUAGUUUUAUGUCAAAUUUUAGAUAUUUGUUUAAAUUCACAUGUUUUAAUUUACACAAAUUUUGCCGGAUUGAAUACAAAGUAUUCUGUACUACUGCUUGAGCUCAAGGUGGAAAAUGAUGGUAAAUAAAUAGGGUGCAACACAACUCUCUCUCUCUCUCACGAACUUGUAGCUGCGUCCAAGCAGUUCAUAAUCAUGGUCUCCCUUCAUUUUCUAUAUAUUUCUUAUGUUUAGACAACUCAAAAUCUCGGAUAACGCUGGCAUUUUGGUCAUCGCAACGACCUUGAGUGAUAAGUGUUAAACUGUAUAGAUAUACCUAGAAUAUGCAUUACUAUCAUUUUUGAAUUACUUUCAUGUUCUAUUACCAAAGGAAAUCUUCAUUUUUGUUAAAAUAAACAAUACUCUGCCAUUGUGGAAGUGUUCUCUGAUUAUUAUUUUUUUUACAUGUCCCAAUGAUGAUUAACAUUGUAUGUACAAAUGUAGUGCCAUAGAAAGUCUCAGCUGAAUUACUCAAAAGUUCCAAAACAAAAUCUCUUGAAGACAAUCUUCAAAACAAAACUGAAUGAAAAGUAUUAUUUCCUUUUUAAAUUUUUAUUAGAAACUGACUUUUAGUUGUUUAUUUAUUGUUUUAAAUGCUGCUGAUGUUAUUUUUUUGUAUAUGCUUCAAAAAAAAUGAAACAGUGUCAUUGUAGGCUAGAUAUUAUGAUUUUUUAUAUUUUGUCAUCUGCUGUGAAUGACUGUUGUUCAUUUUUUUUUCAUGAACAGUCACAAAUGCAUGUUGUUAUUUUAGGUACUAUUAAGUUCUGAUAAAUUGUAAAUAAGAGAACAAAGUGCAUAUAAACUAGUAAAUCAGGCAUGAAAACAUAUUCUCAUAAACAAAAUGUUCCCUGUUACAUCACAAACAGAAAUGGAUUAUUUUUCAUUUGUCUGAUGCUCUAGGAAAUGGUGAAAGAGUAGUAACUGUCAGAUUUUUUGCAAAUAGAGUUUUUAAAACCCAACUUUUGCCUAACAUUGUUGUGUAAACCUAUAUUUAUAUAUAUUUUCAUGUAUAUAUAAGAUAAAGACUAAUAUACCAUUGUCACAGAACAGCAUAUGAAAAGCUUGCAUUUUCAUCAUAACAUUUGUAUAUACAUCAUUGAGCAGUCUUUAAAAGAAAUGCCCCAUACCUCAAUAUAUUUAAAAUGCCCAUGUUCAAGUGCCAUUAGCUGAUAUAUAUUUGUUGUAUUUAGAAAUAAGUGUCCAUAUUAUAUCUGCCAUUUAAGGGUCUGUUAAUAUUUGUAUCGUUGAAAGCCAGACUACCAUCUGACUUCCUAUCGUGAUGUGGUAGAGUCUGUGGUUGACUGCAGAUAAGUCUUCAUCUGCCUUUGAUUCUAUGGGCAAGUUGUCAUUUACUUUCUGAAAACAGAUUGAAUUUGGUAAAUAAUUCACGAACACUGUAUAUAACUGAAAUAUUUUUGAAAUAUGGUGUUAAACCCCAAAACAAAACAUAUUGUAUCAAUAUGACUGUAGGCUUCAUACCUGUGAUUAUUGAUGUGGAAAUUUCAGAUAGUUUCAUUUAUUACGUUAAUUUCAAAUGGAAGUUACGAGAAUGCCUGGAAAUUUUUUUUCAGUCCUUGCUGUAGGCACUACUGUACUUUGGUAUGUUUUGAACGUAGCUUAUAAUUGACAAAUUAUCAGAGGCCUCUACAGAAUGGCAUGUACCAAAAGAAAUCACAAAAUAAAAGUAGAUUGUAAUGUUCAACACUUGUGCCAUUUAGGUGGCAAAAAGAGCAUAUCAACCAUAAAAUGCUUUUCAAUAAUUAAAGAAAUUAUUCUUGCCUUUCUUUACCACUUCAGGUGUUUUCUUUUUAUCCCUACUUUGUAACAGCAGUUUUUUUAAUAUUAAUUCAAAUGAAGAAAAAUAGAUUUUUACACCAGCUAAAAUAAAACCACAAUGUUUUGGCUAAAAUGAUUUCAAAUUUGACCAGACUCAAAAAAAUCCCAAAGUACAGAGUUGACUGCAUUCAUUUCAAGAAGAUAUAUGUAUAUUUAUAUGCUGUGUAUCCAAGACUUACUUGGUCAAAGACCAAAGAUACAAAGUUGUAAAUUUGUUAGAUAGUUCCGUGUUGUUUUGUUAUUUGCAAGUAUGUGAGUAAAUUAAAUAUUGAAAACAAGUUAGUGGCUGUUGAUAUAUUUACACAGAGUGCAAAUGUAAUGUCAAAUUUUAAAGGCGCUUGCCUCCAGAUAAAUGGCAAAGUGUUGUUCAGAUUUACUUCAGAAUGACGUCCAGAUAAACGUUAGAAUGCUGGCUAGAUUAAUAUCAGAAUGUCGUUCAGAUUUUCAUCAAAAUGUCAUCAUUUUCAAAAUAAAAAUAUAUGAAAAAAGUCUUCUUAAUAUUAAGACUGAAUUAUAAAUCAUCAUGAUUGGAAGUACCUGGUAUAUAUUUUAUGAGUGUGGUAUAAAGUUUAGUUAAAUUCCUGAUGUAUUAAAUGAUAUUUUUGCUGGGUGAUGAACUAUUGAGCAAGUCUUUCUUCAUGUUUUAGGAAAUAUCUUUUUUUUUUCUUCUUUUUAAUGCAUACUGGAUGGCACUCAUUGAAUCAUUUGGUUUAAUAAUUACUGAAAAAUGAAGGUACUUCCUAAAUAUGGAAAAAAUGUCAUAAAUCUGGAGGUAAGCCCCUUUAAACACUUAAUAUGCUAAUAAUAUAUUGUUUGGGUUUAAUUUUGAAUAUGGUAUGUUUUGAAGCUAUGUGCUAAGGGCUGAAAUUGAGGAAAACCUAAUAAACACUUUUAUUUUUGUUUAGAAAUGUACAAAAACAUUGCUUAGAGAGUUACAUGAGGUCAGUCACCAUCAUUACACUUAGACAAUUGGUGUAUAACUAGUUUUUUGGGGUAGGAUGGCUUUCAGUCCAUAAAAAUAAUCUGUCUAGAACGUUCAUUGAAAAGGGACUUUGCAGAUUCACAAAAUUCAGUUAAGUACCAAAAUUAUAACAAGCUAUAUAAGCUAAAGAUAUGUUGAUUUUAAAGUUCCCUGUUAUAACUUGCCUGACAGAAAGGUAGGUUGUUUAGAACACAUUUGUGUUUUUCUUUAGGUGAGAUAACUAAAAAAAAGUUCCUACAUUUUUUAUGCCCAAGACUAGAGGUUGUUUAUGUACUUUAUCUGAUACACAUGUUUAAUUCGUUGAAUGUACUGGGAGUUUUAUUAGUUAUGAUUUUCAGUUUUCAUUUAUUGUUUUGCAAAGAUUAAUAGAUAAAAAUGUUUUGCUAUUGUUCAAAAUAUGUCUGGUAUCAGUUUGUGAAUGUUUAGUUAGUACAAUAUAAUUUUAACCAGAAACUGUGCAAUACUCGUCUAUAAACAUGUAUUAUAUAUCAGGUAUCAUAUUGUGCCAUUUUAUACCCCUCUCUCUCUCGCAAACAGUUUGGAGCUGGCUCUAUAGGAUUCAUCUUGCAGUUGCUUUGUCUGUUGCAAAAAGUAUGUGGUGCAAACUUCCUCCAGUUUUAAGGGACUCCAAUGAAACAUCAAACAUAUGACCAUGACAAAGUGUAAAUAUGUCAAACAUGUAGUUUUUCAUGGUUGAUCCGAGCAUUGCAGAGUUAAGGGCCCUUAUUUCCUCUGACAAAGCGAAUCUAUGGGAGGAUUGAUCACUUUCAGUAAUAGAAUACAGUUACAUUGUCCAUUACUUGCUAUGAUUUCUAUUCUGUUAUUUGGCUUGCAUAUUCUGUAUGAUGGAAGCAUUUUUCUUGGAGUGAAUAAAUCUUGUGACAGAGUAUACAUACGUGAAUAUCUUAUAGUGUUUAACUGUUAUUUUGUAUUUUAUAUACUGAUGUAUUCAUGUGCAGUUGUAACAUAAACUAUUUCAUGUUCUUUUCAUAUACAUAGGAAAUUCUCUCUGAGAAUAAUUUCAUGAAAACUGUAGACAAGUGAUAAAAAUAGAGCAAAUUGAAAACAGCAUUGUACAGUCCACUUUGACUGGAAGUAUCUAGAGUGUCCAGUAGACAAUCUUUACAGAGUCAGAUGCUGUGAUGUACAGUGGCCCUUAUUACAGCUUUAAAUUUCAUGUACUGCAUUUAGAUGACAUGACUUCACAAUUAAUUUUCAUAAUAUAUAUAACAGCUGAAGUCUUUCUGGAAAAAUUUAGAUGUAGUGAUUUCAUUCAACAGUUGCUUUGAAUGAGGUGAAUUAAAAUACAAAAUCUACUACCUUUGUGCUACCAGGUUAUUAAAUAUUCUUUCUUGAUGCUACCAAAUUAAGAAAUUUUCAGUUCAUAUAUAUCAUUUGGUUACCUCACUGAUCAGUUUCAAAUAAAUAUUUUUGAUGCAGAAUUGUGGGGAAUAUAUUAUAUUGGUAUAAAUUGUUAAGGCCCAUUUGUAACCAAGACUGGAAAGUGUUUUGAAAGAAAUAAUAACAAUGUAUAUAGCCUACUUGUUGAAUCAAAGUGACAUGUCAAAUAUGAUAUAAAACAUACGCAGAAAAUUUAAUUCGAUGAUGUAUUAAUGUGAUAUUGUGUGUGGUACAUAGUCAUAAUAUGUGUAUGAAAAACUAUGCAUUUAUUAUUUUGGCAAUUCUUAGCAAUAAAUUAUUAUAUGUUUAUAAAAAAA